CACGUACUUGCGUGUACUGUGGGCCCCCUGUGCUAGUCGCGUGACCCUGGGGGGAAAUCACAGGAAACCCAGAAUGCCUGAUUGCAUCACGACCCACAAGAUGGCGGCCAUGUUACACGUGUGUCUUGUCUUUCAGGAACUUUGAAAAUGGCGAUAGAACAGUGAGGCGCCUAGGUUGAUAAAUCACAGAAAAUGUUUCUCUUCAGCUCAAGGAGUAUUUUGAGGGCUGUUAGUAGCAAAGGGCUUGGAGUACAUUGGAGAAAAUACUUACUAGAGAAGAAUUUUGUGUUGCGAAAUUGUGCUGCAAAUUAUCGUAUUUCAGUGUCAAAUCAAGAUCAGUAUCGGUACCCAGUGAAGACGUCAUGGAGAGGAGAAGAUGUAUGGCAAGGGGAUGACAAUAGGUUUCGCGGGAGCCAAGUUCAACUCAAUAGCAAAAUCCGACGAGAGAAAACAGUCGAAGGUCUCUUGAAGCUUUACGAGUUCCGAAAAAUGAACCAGCAUAAUAAAGUUACAGUAUUGUAUAACUUAGCCAAGCUAUGUAAGAACAAUCAAAAGCAAAAGCUGAUUGCCAAAGGUGACAGUCAGUUGAAUGGUGUCUUGGGGAAUCUCAUUAACGACACUAUGCUUGACAUUUGCGACAUUGAUCACCGGGGACUGACAAACAUCAUACAUGCACUGUCACUACUACUAGUUAGUGAUGUCAAGGUGACACGUCUACUGGAUUUAAAGACCCUGAUAGGUACUUGCUUGCAAAAACUUGAGCAUAGAGGGGUCCAAAACCUGAGUAGCCGUGAGAUUGCCAUGUUCUUAUCUGGUCUUGGAAGAGCUAAAGAUCUUGUUGAUGCAAGCAGGAUUUGCCAGUUGACAAGAGAGGAGAUUCUCCGCCGAGGUCUAGUGGGCUUUAGUAAUAGCGAGGCAGCUAUUAUGUUUUGGUCUUUCGCAAAGUUGGGGGAGAAAUCUGAGGACUUGUUCAGGCUUGCUGAGCGUGAAAUCCUGAGAAGAAAGACAUCAUCGUUCACAAGAGAACAGUUUGUACAGCUUCUUUGGGCCUUUGGUGAGACUGACUUAAGGCCUACCAAACUGUUCAAUUGCUUUGCUGAGGAGCUUUCUAGAAGAAAUCUCUGUGCCUUUGAGCCCUAUGAACUUGAAAUCAUUCUUCGUGUUUGCUACAAGGUGAAUUUCAGAUGUGAUAUUUUACUCAAAGCCGUACAAGAGGCCUUACUUAGUGAAGAUCCAUCAAAGUAUGGUAUUCGCCACUUUGCACUAUUCCUGAAAUAUUUGUCGAAGCUUGGCUUUCGUGCCAAAGAUUUAUUCCAAUUCAUCUCCAAUGCAAUUCUCUCAAGGGACAAAGUGACGAUGGAGAACAGAGACCUUGCCACCAUUCUGCUGUCUUUUGCCGAGGCAGAGAUGAGAAAUGAGGAGCUAUUUGGGGCACUACGAGAGGAGAUUGUCUCAAGAGAGUUCCACACCUAUGAAGCUGGUCAACUGGUGUUGUUUGCUUGGUCAUUUGCAAAGAUCAACAUACAUGCACAUGACCUGUUCAAGCUUGUGGGAGAUGGCUUGUGUUACCACAACAUCACUGAUAUGGCAUCUAGAAGAAUUGCAAAGGCAUCUUGGGCUUUUGCCAAAAUGGGUGAAAAACACAUGAAUCUAUUCAAGAAGCUAGAAGCUGAAAUCCUAUCCAGGCCAUUUGAGAGUUAUGACUACGUUGCUUUGGCACAUUUUGUUUGGUCUUUUGCCAAACUGGGCUUCAAGUCAAAGGAGCUUUUUGAGAAGACUGCCCAGCAAUAUGCAUCUAUGGACAUCACCAAGCACUCCAUCAGCGAAUUGAUUAUGGUUCUCUGGUCCUUUAUGAAAGCUGGAGAAUAUAACACACAAUUGUUCAACCUAUUUGGUGAGGAAAUCCUUCCCCGUGACCCUUCUGUCUUGACUAACAAACAACUUGUGCAGUUCUUAUGGCUGUUUGAGAAAGCGCAAGUACCAGCUGCCCAACUCUUUGACCUUUUAAAGACUGAAUUUCUUAAGCGGGAUAUUGCCACAUUUGAUACUCUUUUACUGACCACAGUCCUUAGGUCCUUUGCUGCAACCUCCACCCAAGCCCCUGAAUUAUUUGAUAUCAUUGAGGAAGAAAUUUUAAAGAGAGGUUUCUCCGAGAUGCACACAAAUAUUCUUAACAACGUCCUGUGGUCAUUCAAUGCACAAGGUCGGCCUGCUAAUAAACUUGUUUUGAAGGCCAAUGAGGAACUCAACCGUCGAAAGUCAAGCAAGGUUGGGGUGAAAGGAGAACUGAGGAGCGAAGAUGAAGUGACAGAGGACAUUGCUUCUGAAUCAACACUUCCAUCACAAAGUGACUAAAUAGGUAUUGAGAAGCUUAUACAGUAGAUUAUAUUCUUUAUCUGAGGUUUUAUAUUAUAUCUAAGUUACAUUAGUUUUGCAAAAGAUUUCAGUACUAUGCAGAAAGAAUAUACAUAUAGUAUAUUCAAAGUACUUAACAUUGUCUUACAUUGCCUUAAGGCAAGGUUUUAAAAAACCUCAAAAACGAGUCCAUAUUGAAAAUUCCCCUAAUCUCGAGUCUGAGAGAAAUUAUAACAAGGUUAUCCUUUCCUGGAAAAGCUUGGAUUUUAGCUUGUUUAAAAUGGUUUAUAAUAUUAUAUCAUCAAAAAAGAUUUACAAUGGUUAUGUGUCUAGAUUUAUGGAGUUUUUACUACAGUAUAUAAAAUUUUGAACUGUUAAGUUUCUCAAAUUCGUUGAAGCAGUACAGUAUCAAUCUCUUACUAGAUAGUAUUUAUAUCAAAGUGAACUCCAAAUGCCAUGAUGUAAACAUGCACUCUUUUAGGCCCAGGCCAAUGUUGCCGGAAACAUGUUGUCCGUGCGCAUGUUUCCUCGAUGUUUCCUAGUUUGGGCACCAUAGAAACAUUGUUGUGCACCACAAAUUUUGUGUCCAGGACACAAAAAAUGUUUCCACACAAGAAAGAAACAUGUUUUCAAUCGUGCGUAAACAUGUUUCCCGAUGUUUCGUGACUGGUUGGCCAUCCUCGGAAACAUUUAGGAAACAUUUUCCCCCAAUGUUGCAGGCCACAUGUGUCCUCGUUUGGCCAGGGCCUUAGUGAUUACUUGUCAACCAACAAAAUAUUGUGUAUGUGUGAGUAGACAGUGUACUGGGUUGGACUGCUCGCUAGAGUAAUACGAUAAUCCAAAGUCGAGU